AUGGCCGUCACCGAGGUCUGCGCGACCCAGGCUGGGAUGUGCGACGUGUUCGGGCCUCCGAUGUGCGGCAGCCCAUUCCAGAAGUACCAGGUGUUCAAGAGCAAGCAGACCGUGUACCUCUUUGGCAUCGACAGGGUGGCCAAGGAGUACAGCGUCCUCCGCAUCCCCCGUGAGAACGCAGGCCACCUGGAGCUCUUGGACGGGGAGGAGAGGUUCCACACCCGUCGGCUGCAGCUGCACCAGGACGAGCUGCAGAUCAGCGAGGGGCCCUCAGGCGGCCUGGAGAAGAUAGCGGUCGCUUGCGGCCUGGUCGGAUUCGUGCGCUUCUUGCAGGGCUACUACCUGAGUCUUGGGAAUCAGAAGGUUGGCAAGAUCGGGCACCACUAUGUAUUGUCUAUCGAGGAGACAAUGCUGGUGCCUCUGUUCACGGAAAAGAUCACCAAGGCCGAGAAGUCUCUCCGGGACCAGUUUGACAUCCCGCUGAAGGAUUUCUAUUUCUCCUAUCCCGGCUGA